CGUCCAGAUUAACAGGCCACCAUCAGGGCAGCACUACUAUUCACCUCUGUGCAGGACAGCGCUGUCUGCUUGCUCAAUCACCUGAUUGAGAUGGGUGUGCGGAGUUGGUGAAAUGGUCAGGACCAGCGGUUACUUCUCUUUGUAGAGCACCGACCUGUUCAUACUACGGUACGAGCUUAAAAGCUCUAGUUAGCACAAUGGCGCAAACUGCUCUUCAUUGCAGGACCUGCGCAGCGCUGACCGUGAGCUUUUCUCAGCAAACCUCAGCCUCUUCUCAGUCUCCUCACAAAACCCCUGGUGUCCUCGCACCGCAGUCAUACGGAGUGUUGCCUUCCGGCAUACCACUCCAGCAUUGUCAGCAUUUGACAGCGUUCCAUGAAGCUAGACCCAGGCCACGGCGUUGCAGUGCCCGGAGACCUGUCCGCGCUGCUGUUGCUGACCCACCGUUGAGUGGGGGCAUACAGUGGGGCUCACCGGCUGUCAGAGAUGUGCAGUGGGGAGAGCCGCAGAGGGGCACAGCUGCGACAAAGACAGUAGAGUUAGUCCCCACUCGAGGCACUCCGUCAACAUAUGCUCUCUACCAGCCACCCGCUGAAAAUAUGGACACAUACUCAGUAAGUGCUGAAGAGGCGGCUGCAGCAGCUCGGGCAACUAACGUUCCAGUGUACAACCCCGAUGCAAUGGCGCGGGAGUAUAGCAGGCAGCCACUCAAGGUAUUAAGGCGAGCGUUGCAGAUUGUGACGACCAUUGGCAGCUUUGGGCUGACCCUGCUCCAGGACCGGCAGCGCGGCCGCCUGGACUCGCGCACCAUGGUUCUGCGCGCCAAGCAGCUCCGGGGGCAGCUCACGCAGCUGGGGCCAACGUUUGUCAAGGUGGGGCAAGCCUUGAGCACGCGGCCCGACCUGUGUCCCCCGGAGUACCUCGAGGAGCUGGCAGCCCUGCAGGACGCCCUGCCCACGUUUUCGGACGCUGAAGCCUUCAGCCUGAUUGAGCGCGAGCUGGGUGGUCCCCUCGAGUCGUACUUCUCGUCCAUCACAGCCACGCCCAUCGCGGCAGCCAGCCUGGGGCAGGUGUACAAGGCGCGGCUGCGGCGCGACGGCAGCCUGGUGGCGGUGAAGGUGCAGCGGCCGGGCAUCGUGGAGCAGAUCAGCUUGGACUUUUACCUGGUGCGCGCCGCGUGCCAGCUGGUGGACAAGUACGUGGACGCUGUCACCACGCCGCUGGUGCCUCUCGUCGACGAGUUUGCCGCGCGCGUCUACCAGGAACUCAACUACGUCCAGGAGGGUCGCAACGCGGAGCGCUUCCAGCGGCUGUACGGGGACCGCGUGGACGUCAAGGUGCCGGCCAUCUACUGGGAGAUGACCGCCGCUCGCGUCCUUACCAUGGAGUGGAUCCAGGGGACGAAGCUGAGCGACCUGCCGGCGAUCAAGGCGCAGGGCAUGGACAUCCUGGCGCUGGUCAACACGGGCAUCCAGUGCAGCCUGCGCCAGCUACUCGAGGCGGGCUUCUUCCACGCAGACCCGCAUCCUGGCAACCUGCUGGCGACCCCGGACGGCAAGCUGGCCUUCCUGGACUUCGGCAUGAUGAGCGAGACGCCGUCCAAGGCACGCCUCGCCAUCAUCGGUCACGUGGUUCACCUCGUCAACCGGGACUACGAGGCGAUGGCGCGCGACUACUACGUGCUGGACUUCUUGACCCCGGACGUGGACGUGUCGCCCAUCGUGCCGGCGCUGCGCGGCUUCUUCGACGACGUGCUCAGCCUGAGCGUGCAGGAGCUCAACUUCAAGACCAUCGUCGACGGCCUCGGCGAGCUCUACUACGACUACCCCUUCACCGUCCCGCCGUACUACGCGCUGAUCCUGCGGUCGCUGACGGUGCUGGAGGGGCUGGCCCUGAGCAGCGACCCCGCGUUCAAGGUGCUCGCGGCCGCGUACCCGUACAUGGCCAAGCGCCUCCUCACCGACCGGGACCCCUACCUCCGCGACGCGCUCGUCGAGCUGCUCUUCAAGGACGGCCGCCUCAGGUGGAACCGGCUGGAGACGCUGCUGGCGGAGGGCAGCAAGGACUCGGACUACCGGGCGGGGGAGGCGCUCCAGCCCGUGCUGGGCCUCCUGCUGGGGCCCGGCGGCGAACAGCUGCGCCGCCUCGUCGAGCAGGAGGCGGUCAGGGUCACCGAGGCUCUUGUGAUCGGACAAAUGCUCGAGACGGCCCGCAUGCUGCCCACUCCCCUCCAAGGGCUGGUCCCUUUCUCCCCCGCUGGCACUCGCAUCGGGACGCUCGCAUUGGGGACGGGGCUGAAGCCGGAGGACGAGGUGCGGCUGCUGCAGCUGCGGGCGCAGGUGCUGCGCGUGUGGGACCUGCUGCGGAACGACAAGGGCUUCGACCCGGCGUCGUUGCAGCCCAUCCUGCAGGUACUUCAGCGGCCAGAGGCACAGGUACUCAGCAUCAACGUGGCCUCGGGGGUGUUCCAGCGAUUAGCGGCUCGCUUCUUGCAGCAGCUGCUGAGACCAGCACCUGCGACAGUACGGACUUGAUUGUACUGUCGUGCCAAUCGACCAACCCGGCAAGCAGAGUUGUAGAUAUUGUCUGCGAGUCGAACAUUUCUAUUUGCCAUGUUGCAUUCGGUCCCGGAUGAGUCUAAAACGCACGCGUUGACCUUCAAGUAUUAGACAGCGACGUUGGGGCAUUAUUGGUAGGUAUUCCUGUUGCUUGUCAAGGCACUGAGGACCACUUGGAUCUGAUCAUGCAUGUUCACAAUUGCUGGAU